GCUGGCUGGCUGGCUGGCUGAGAGGAGGGCGGCUGUCUGUCUGUCUCCUCCCACCUUGUCUUAGGAGAGCGCGUGCUCUUCGAUCCUCCCUCCCAUCCCAUGAGGGCGCCCGCCUGGAGGAGCUGCCGCAGUGGCAUCGAUCCAGCUCCGCCCAGGCAGAGGCGAGGGGCGAUGCUUGGCGAUUUAUCGGGGUUCCUUCCUCAUCGGAUGAGGGGACAGGCUGGGGAUGAGGAAGGGUCUUUUAAGGGCGGGGGCUCCACAACCUCACCACACCAUGCAAGUAGCUGAGGAUGCCUGCACCACUUUGGAGGAUGAGCUGCUCUUCUGUGAAGACUGCCGCCUUUAUUUCCGGGACUCCUGCCCCCAGCAUGGACCCCCUACCUUUGUGGCUGACACACCCGUUCCAGAAAGGGCUCCUUCACGAGCCCUGCUGUCCCUGCCUGAGGGACUUCUAGUCAAGGAGCGUUCCCAAGGGGGCUUUGGAGUCUGGAGCGCUCUCCCAGCCCUACCUCGUGGCUGCAUCUUUGGACCUUAUGAGGGGGAAGUGGUCCGGGAACAUGGCAACUGCACCCGUUAUUCCUGGGCGGUGCGGGAGAAUGGCUCCUAUUUCUUCGUCAAUGCAUCUGAUGAUUCCAAAUCCAACUGGAUGAGAUAUGUGGCAUGCGCCUCCACCGAGGAUGAACAGAAUCUGACAGUUUUCCAGUACCGGGGCUAUAUCUACUACCGGGUCAGCCAAACCAUACCUGCUGACACAGAGCUGCUGGUGUGGAUAGGAGAGGAGUAUGCCCGCACUCUGGGAUUGCGCUUGGCAGAGGUUCUCAAACUGAGAUGCGCAGAAAUUUUGCCGGAGAGUCUAGAAUAUCUUAUUUUUCACCGCAAGGAUGGAGGACAGGCUGACAAGGCCCUACCUAGCUUGGGAGUGGCGGGGAGCUGUGCUUUUCAUUAUACAGCACUGGUUUUGACAGUGAUGCUGGCACUGAAAGGUGAGCAUUUUAAGUAUGAAUUUGGUGAGAAGGAGCUGCUGAUGAAACUCUUCCAAGAGCUGCACCUCAAGACCCCGGCGUCACCUCCUGUUCCCCACGCCCCUUCCUCACGCACCCAGUACCUAUGCGGAGAUGCCACUGCCUCUUCCCUCCUACCCCUCCACAAGCCAGGCCUUCCCCUAGGAGGAAGCACUUUUCCCCUAUUGGAAGGGACGCAGAACCUGGUGGGGCUGGGAAGGGCUCAGAGCCGCUACUGGACUUUUUUUGGGUUUCAGGGGGAUGCCUAUGGCCGCAUCUUGGACAAAAGCAAGAUCAUCUGCAAGCUGUGUGGGGUCCGUUUGAGCUACAGCGGCAACACCACCAACUUGCGCCAGCACCUCAUCUACAAGCACCGUUGCGAGUACAACCAGCUGGUCGGGACACAAACGACCGCCCUCGACAAAGGGGUUGUAGGGACAGGUGAGUUUGGAGCCCCCCGGCCUCCAGCCCCCGGCAGGACCACGCGGGCAGUGGCUGAUUUCAUUGUGCUGGACCUGAUGCCCGUGGAGGUGGUGGAAGGAGAAGGGUUUGGGCAGAUGCUGGGGGUCCUAGAUCCCAGCUACAAACCCCCAGACGCCAACUCCCUGGCCCACACUGUGCUGAAGGACAUGUACACCCACGUAAAGGGGAAAAUCUGGGAGCUGGUGCGGAUCCUGCCCCAGUGCUCUCUCAGCUUGGACAUCUGGCGCCACAGCAACACCCUCACCUACCUCACUCUCUCCGUGCACUAUGUGGAUGACUGCUUUGAAGCCCGGGCACGUGUCCUCUCAAGCCGCCCCGUCCCUGAAGAGCCCAGUGCCGAAAGCCUGGUGGAGGCCCUUGCCGAGGUGGCCAAGGAGUGGGGGGUGCGGGAAAGCACCUCAUACACCAUUGGGGGCCUUGGUCCUGCCACCCAGCAGGCUGCCGCAGCGCUUGGCUGGACCGCCCUGCCUUGCAUCGGGCAGGCCUUGCGAGCGGCCAUGGAGGCCGUGCUUAGCCAGCCAGCAGCACAAAGCGCCUUUGAACGGCUCCGCCGCUUGGCAUCCUGGGCACUGGCCGGGGCAGGCCGCAGUGAGAAACUGUGGACCCAGGAGCCCCUCCUGCAAGCUCACCUCAGCCGCUUCUUACGAGAGGGGGGCAAAUGGCAUAGCAUCUACGUAGUCCUGCAGGGUUUGCUGGAGCAUAGUGACCCUCUGGCAGGGCUCGGCCCAGACGGGGAGGCCACCCUACGUCCACAAGACUGGGCCGCCCUUCAGGAUACGGUCAAAGUGCUCAAACCCAUGGCAAUUGCUACCUCAACGUUUACCAAAGACCCCUUUUCUAGCCUGUCCCUAGUAAAGCCCGUGCUGACCAGUCUCCUUUACAAGCAUUUGGUGGCCAGCGAGUGGGACUCCCCCUUGGCCCUCGAAGCCAAAGCAGCAGCCCAGAAGGAGCUGAACCAACACUUCUCCAGCCCAGAUGUCAGCCAGGCCCUCAACCUGGCCUGUGCUCUGGACCCCCGCUUCCGUGGCCUUGAUUUCCUGAGCCACACAGACCGGGUGGAAACCAUGCACUUGCUCAAGACAGAAGCCUCACAUCUGGCAGAGGUGCCAGCAGCAUUGACCUCCAGCAUGCCUGAUGUGGCCUCGCCACCAUCCCCGCCAGCCAAACUGCCAAAGCAAGAUGCAGGGAUCGAGUUUCUGCUGGGAGACUUGUGCAGCAUGCGCAGCGCCUCAGGCGUCAGCUCUGCACAUCAGCAGGUAGAGCAAGAGACCAGUAGCUUCCAGUCCAGCAAGGCCUCCGCCUUGGGCCAGGAGCCUCUGCAGUGGUGGAAGACCCACCACACUCAGUACCCGCUGCUGGCCCGGGCAGCCCGCAAGCUGCUUGGCGUGCCUGCCACCUCGGUGCCUGCCGGCUGGCUCUUCGGCAGCGCCGGCGAUGCCAUCCACACCAAGCGCCAAGCCCUGACGCCGGAGCACGUCGAUAUGUUGGUGUUUCUCCAUGGCAACCGAGCCAUACUCUAUUAGGACACGGGAAGGGAGUGGGUUUGGGUGGGCAGGGCCUUUGCCUGCAUCCUUUAGCAGAAUCCUGUCCCCCUUUCCCCACAAGGGAUUGCAAACGGUAGCCAAAGGGCUUCCAGAGGCCCUCUUCCAUCUGUCCUUUCUUCUGCUGGGCGGCAGCAAAUGGCUGACUGUCCUUGAGGGGAGAGGCAUGAUGGUCUGUGUGUUUUGGAGAGAAGAGGAUAAAGAGGAGCAGAGCCAAACCAUUUGGGCGUGUUUUUUUUGAAGGCAGAGAAGAGGGGUGCCUGUGCAUCAGCCAAAAUGGUCUGUGAAGUAAAAGAUGCAGCUAUUGCUGUAGUAAAUCAUUUGGAAGAACAGGAAUAGUCCAUUUUGGGGUGAUCUGGGGGGAGGGAGAGGAGGCUGAGGACAGAAAUAGUUCAUGAGGGAUAGAAGGCCUGAUGUGCAGGAACAUUCCAUAUGUGCAACACAAAUGGGGGAUGGACAUCAGGAAGAAUUAAGAUGGGCAUGGUUUGUAUAGCACUUGUUUAGUGUAUAUUACAGCUCCUUUCCUUCCUGGUAUAAGGCAUGCAGCAGAGGACAGGGAUGGUCCAUGAAAGGAAAGGAGGGAGCAUUUGAGGACAGGAACAGUCCAUGAAGAAGAUGGGGGAGGCCACAGAGGAAUAGAGGUAGGGCUGGAAUAUCUCAUGUGUGCAGCGGGGGCAGGCAGAACUCCUGACUAGGUAGAUGAGGGGGGGAUUCAUGCCAGGGAAGCGAAUAGAGAAAACUACAGGGACUUGGGGGGGGGGGGCUGAACACAGAAAUAGCUCAUAUUGGAUGGAGAAGAGGGGAAAAUAGCAACAUGGAAUAUUCCAAGUGGGCUGGGUUGUAAUUAGCCAUGUAUUGCAGGGUAGUGGUGGAGAGAGUUUUUCGAUGGUAAGUGGUAUGGUCUCCCCCCCCCCUCCAAAAAAGUUACCUUUCCUUCUAAAAUGAAAAAUCAUUGGGGCCAGAUGUUCUUUGAGAUUAAGGAAAGGAGCGUUAAUGGUUCAGCAUUCCAAGCAGCAAUUUGAGGAGGGAUUUCAUCAGAAGACAAGCAAAAUCAUACCUUUAGCUUCCUUUUUCUUGAGCAGGGGUCUUGGGGAUAGAACAAAAUUGUGGCUGGGUAGCCCCCCUCAGCCCCUGUAGCAUCUCCCAUGCACUGUGAAAUUCGGUGACCGUGUCUGCCUUCUUUUCCUGCCACUCCCUUGGAGAGGGGGGGAGGUGGCGAGUCCAAGAAACAGAUCAAAGAGAAGAAAUUGGUUGGGGGUGGGAAGCAAAGAUGAUGUCAGGCACCAACUCCUCUUUGGAAGCAGUAAUGCCCUCUGUCCUCCACUUCCAGCCAUCUGGGCAAUCAGUUGACAUAAUAAACCAAAGAAAGUAUUACCCAUCCUUUUCUUACUCACUCUCCGUCUUUCCCCCCUUCAUGUACACACACCCCUUCUUCGCCUCCACCCCCACAUUUGCAUGUAGUUGAAAUGUUAACAUUUGUAACACAAAGAGAUGAAGGAACAAAGCUGAAAAAAGUGAACAGAGGUUAUUCUCCCCCCCACACCAGUUAUUAUUCCCCCACAUCUUUCAAGGGGGAAGGGGUUACGAGCUUUCCCCCACCUCCUCCCUAUUCAGUCUUGAAAUGUGUUUUUUUGUUUGUAUGUUUUUUUAAAAAAUUAAUCAUCGCUUCAACAAGAAAAUAAAAAUGCUUUAUUUUAAAA